CUUCAGUCUUAGGACGAGCAGAUACUUGGGACUCACCGAGCAAGAAAAGAAACACUGCAUUCCCGCAGAAUUGAUUUUAUAGGAACCUGUUCCAUAAUAAUACUUAUUCAGAACAUCUCAAGCUACCUAAAACACAAGUAUGUCCUCGUACGAUAAUAUAAGUGACGGCGAAUACUCAUCGACAGUUUACACGAUGAUCAAGGAAGGCAAGUACACAGAUGCUAUCCAAAUAUUGUCGAGUGAGAUUCAAAACCAUCCAAGGUCUCGUGCUGCUCUGUCUUUGCUUGGUUACUGUUACUUCUAUAUGCAAGACUUUGUGAAUGCCGCCGAGUGUUACGAACAACUGGUACAACUCCAUCCGGAGAAUGACGACUACAAGAUAUACCACGCACAGUCGCUGUAUAAAGCAUGCAUGUACCAAGAAGCUAUGAAAGCCACAUCUCAGAUUGAAAACAGCUCAUAUGAAGCAAAGAUAACCAAGGUACAGGCAGCUAUCAGGUACGGUGAAGAAGAUUUACCCGCAGCAAAGUCACUGGUAGAGCAAUGUCCCAGUGAUGAUGCCGACACAGAGGUCAAUAUGGGAUGUUUACUGUUUAAAGAAGGCAGAUAUGAACAAGCUUGUCAUAAAUUCACUACUGCUAUGCAGAUAUUGGGAUAUAAACCAGUUCUGGGUAUCCUACACAAAGCAGUUGGAUCAUAUUUUGACUUGGCUGCUGAUGUGCUAGCAGAGAACACUCAUCUGACCUUCAAAUACAUGUCACAAUAUCUGUUCGAUUUCAUCGAUGCUAUCCUGACGCAACAAACGGCACCGGAAGAAGCUUACCGAAAACUUGAUGAUAUGGCGUCCAAACAUACAGAGCAGCUGAGAAAGAUGACGAAACAGGUGCAGGAAGCGAGACAAAAUCAUGAUGACGAAGCUGUCAAGAAAGCUGUUAAUGACUACGAUGAAGCUCUGGAAAGGUACAUACCCGUGUUAAUGUCACAAGCCAAGAUAUACUGGGACAUGGAAAACUAUGCACAGGUAGAAAAGAUUUUCCGAAAGUCGGUUGAAUUUUGCAACGAGCAUGACAGCUGGAAGUUGAACGUGGCACACGUACUGUUCAUGCAAGAGACCAAAUUCAAGGAAGCUACUGGUUUUUACGAACCUAUUGUCAAGAAACACUAUGAUAAUAUUCUCAGUGUGAGUGCAAUAGUCUUAGCCAACCUGUGUGUCUCUUACAUCAUGACAAGUCAAAAUGAAGAGGCUGAAGAAUUGAUGAGGAAGAUUGAAAAAGAAGAAGAGCAGGUUGCCUACGACGACCCAGAUAAAAAAGUCUUCCAUCUGUGUAUAGUUAAUUUAGUCAUUGGUACACUGUACUGUGCAAAGGGAAACUAUGAAUUUGGAAUCUCACGAGUCAUCAAGAGUUUGGAACCAUACAAUAAAAAGUUGGGUACUGAUACAUGGUUCUAUGCUAAGCGAUGUUUCUUAUCGUUACUUGAAAAUAUGGCCAAGCAUAUGAUUAUGUUAAGAGACAGUGUUAUUCAGGAAUGCAUACAGUUCUUAGAACACUGUGAAGGUAGGUGA